UUAGUAUUCGCGACUUUUUGUUGAGCGGGUAGCUUCUGCUCUGCUGGUGUUGGUCUAUGUUUGUAGUCAGUUUGUGUUCCACUUAUUUCGGCUCGUUUGGCAUAGGCCUUAUUCCGAUUGCAAAAUGUUGGCUGACACUAUCCUCAUCGUGGUCAUCUCAGUCUGUACGGCGCUUCUGUCAGAAGGAAUAACGUAUGCACUUGUAUAUAGAACAGAGACGUACAAGAAGUUGAAAGCAGAGGUAGAAAAACAGAGCAAGAAAUUGGAAAAGACAAAAGAGCAGUUUGGUGAUAUCAGUGACAAAGGCCAGAAGAAGAAACUCGAACGCCAAGAAGAGAAGCUGAAGAACGACAGCAGAGAUUUAUCCAUGGUGAAAAUGAAAUCCAUGGUUGUUAUAGCCUUCACGUUCACAUCACUCAUGGGAAUGUUCAACUCAAUAUUUGACGGGAGGAAUGUAGCUAAGUUACCAUUUGAGCCCAUUUCCUGGCUUCAUGGCAUCUCCCAUCGGAAUCUCCUUGGCAACGAUUAUACAGACUGUUCCUUCAUCUUCCUGUACAUUCUCUGUACCAUGUCCAUCAGACAGAAUAUCCAGAAGCUGCUUGGAUUCGCACCGUCCCGGGCGGCAGCCAAACAGUCAGGAGGCUUCUUUGGACAACAGAUGCAAUCCUCAAAAUAGAUUGGCCAAUCCCGUUGCUUCAUCUGGAGUCACAUGACAACCAUCUUGCAGCCAAGUGCUCUCAGUAGCUGUCUUUACAACGACUAUAAACAUUUGACGCAAGUCAUCUCUUAAUCUUUCAAACUCACAACAAAGGGAUUCCAACUUCAGUAGUCAUUUGUAAUACGGCCUUCGAGACUCGUUCAACUUUUCCCAUGUUUGUUGAAGGAGGCAUAAUUUUUUGUGCCCUAGAAUUAUUUAAUUGCACCUGAUAUGUAAUUUCAAAAGCUUCAGAGUACUCUGGUUUUGUUUAGAGGGGAUUGGUCCUUAUACUCCAAGAAACUCUCAACAGGUUAGUAUUAGAAGAUUGAGAAGGAACUUCAGUCGCAUGUUUGAAGCACCCAAUUUGUGGCAUCAUAUUUUGUUACUUGAAGGCACUAACCCAUGUUUUGUUUCUGAAAACCAAAAUAUCCCAAUUGUAAACAGUUUCAAUAAAAUUUUAAGCAGCAA